AUGGCCACGGAUGGUGCCAGCGGAGACAGGUAUCUGCCUCCGUCCACGGAGUUCUUGUUUCUGCUGGCGCACGUGGAAGCUGCCCUUGGGACAGGCUGUCUUGAGGAGGACGGAGAUGCGGAGAUGCAGAUGGCAAAGGCUUCGUCCUAUGCAAGGGCUCUGACAGCUCGGCUGCAGCUGUGGGAUGGUUUGUCAGCUAAUUUGCUGGAGCAGUACCACACCAGAAUUGAAUUGUUGAGCCACGCAGUGGACCUUGCCAAGAAGUCGAAGCUGGCAGAAUGCCCGGAAGCAGAGCUAGAGGCGAUCGGCAUGCAAGGCCAAUCAGGCAGCGUCCACAACGAG